CAUACCACCAAAAAUACGUUUGGCAAUAACUUUACGAUAUUUAGCAACGGGGGAUAGUUAUCGAAGUCUCCACUACUUAUUCAAGGUUUCCACAGCAGCUAUUUCGAUAAUGGUUCCUGAAGUAUGCAAAGCUAUCAACUCUGUUCUGAAGGAUCAAAUUAAGUUACCACAAACACCAGAGGAAUGGUUACAUAUAGAAGAGGGAUUUAGACAUAAGUUUCCACGAUGUGUUGGAGCUAUAGAUGGGAAGCACAUCGUAAUUAAUCGCCCAGCACACAGUGGCUCAAAAUUUUAUAACUUUAAGGGUGAAUGGCUCUUGGAGACAAAUACAAACCAACCCAAAGACUUCAGCUAUUAGGCCAAUAGCAGAUGUGCCAAGACGCUCGCCAAGAAAUAUUUGCGAAAUUCGAACUGAAUUUGGUCAUUAUUUCCAUAAUAUAAAUACAGUAGAGUAGAUGAUAUUUAAUACC